AUGCAGAUCGAGAACAACCAAGGCGAACUUCCAUGUCCUGUAGCGACACAGGGUGCCCACCUCAUCCCUCCGCCACCAACACCCGCUUUCCAUACCAGCAUUCCCAACAUAAUCUUCAUCCAAAGCCUCACAAACAAACUCAAGCUUCUUCAAAUGCGUCAAAAUAUCCGAAUAGGCCUUUAA